AUGGCGACGGCGGACCACCAGAGGGCGCUAGAGCGUACGGAGGAGGGCUGGGGGCGGGGCCUCUCCAGCCCCACGCGGUCGGCGGCUCUUCCUCGUUGCCGUGACAACUCCAGCAUGAUGGAGAAGUACUUCCAGCCGGUUCAGCCUCAGAAGGAGGGCAGGUCCGUGGAGGACCCGGUCCGGCCCGGGAGAGCCGACCACCGACAGAAGAAACCCCACAGCCGGAGCCAGAGCCAGCAGCAGAACCCAGCCCAGAGCCAAGCAUCGGCUCAACAGCAGAGGGCGUCAGGACCCGCCAUUGUCACCAUGACAACCAUCACCAAGAUGAGAAGACUGACCCCUGUCAUCCCCAUCAUCUUCAUCAUCACUCUCAUCAUCCUCAUCCACAGAAGCACCACCACCGACUCCUCCUCCACCAAGCGCUCCCUGAGGAAGCCUCGGCAUUCCCGCUCCUGCUCGGAGAUCUCCCGGGGCCGCGGGCUGAUGGAGGAGGAGGAGGAGGAGGAGGAGGAGGAGGAGGACUGCCGCCCUCUGAUGGAGGACGCUGAAGCUCCCGGGCGGCGGGGGGGCCUGCCACGGGGGGGCGGGAAGAACAAGAAGAAGAAGAGGGGGGCGGGCGUCGGGCCCCCGGGACGCGCCGGGAACCUCUGGAAGUCCCGGUCCCUGGAGGCGUUCUGCGGCCGGGAGCACGGGGACGGGGAGGAGGACGGGGACCCCCCCGCGGACCCCCCCCAGCGGGACGCCCGCAAGAGCGCCGUGAAGGAGAAGGUCAAGUUCUCGGCCUUCCUGAACGAGAUCACGCGGCAGGUGCUGAGCCCCCUGAGGCUGACCUCCCUGGGGGUGACGGACGCCGGGGCCCCCCCCGGCCCAGGCCCGGGCCCCGGGAGGUCCGGCCGGGCCGAGGGCCGCCGGGCCAGCGCAGGCCUGGACGGCCCCAUCGCCGUGGUCGCCGUACCGGAGAGCCGCUCCACCACGCCCAGCCCUGCCCCCCCGGCCGCAGUGAGAGGCGAGGCUCGAGGUCCACCAAACUGCACCACUCGUGUUCCUCCCUGGAGAGAGGCGGGCGCCACCGAGAGGACGAGGGGGGCGGCGACACACGUCACCAGCAUCCCCACGGUGACAACCACGACCCCCAGCAUCAGCGGCGCCAUGGAGACCAUCGUCAGGGAGAGAGCCGCAGCCUCCCAAAACUCCAUGACGAUGGUUGCUAUGGUGACGCUGAUGCUGAGGGUUGUGGUGGUCCCCAUGGAGACCAUCGUCAUGGAGAGAGCCGCAGCCCCUCACAACACAAGGUCACCUCAAGUCGUCACCCCCACCACAGUGACCAGCAAGACAAGGACCAAGCUAGUGAACCACAUCACCAUGGUAACCAGAGGCCAGACCACCAUCAUGGAGGUGACAACAAUAAACACCCUCAGCACCAUCACCAUGGAGACCAUCCCAGAGGUCAACGUCCCCAUCACCAUCAUCAUCUCCAUGGUGACAAAAACAGCCCAACUCAUCAUCAUCACCAUGGAGAUCAUCACCUUGUGGAUCAUCAGCAUGGAGAUCAUCACCAUGGAGACCAUCACCAUGGAGACCAUCACCAUGGAGAUCAUCCCCAUGGAGACCAUCACCAUGGAGACCAUCACCAUGGAGACCAUCGCCAUGGAGAUCAUCGACAUGGAGACCAUCACCAUGGAGACCAUCACCUUGUGGAUCAUCACCAUGGAGAUCAUCACCAUGGAAACCAUCACCAUGGAGACCAUCACCUUGCGGAUCAUCACCAUGGAGAUCAUCACCAUGGAAACCAUCACCAUGGAGACCAUCACCAUGGAGAUCAUCACCAUGGAGACCAUCAGACCAACCCUGGUCCCCAUCAUCACCACCAGCAUGAAGACCGUUCCAACACUCCAAGUCGUCAUCAUCAUCACCAUGGUGAUAAACAAAGCCAAAAUCACUGCCAUCGUCAUGGCGACCACCACAGUCCCACUAAUCCCCAUGAAGACCACCACAGUCAAGAGCACCAUCACCAUGGUGACAAGCACAGCCCAACUCUUCCCCAUCACCAUGACAACCACCCCAGCCAAAAGCAUCUCCAUGAAACCCAAUCGAAAGACACAGAUUCUGUGUUUGAAGACAUCGCUCACCAUCCUCCAGAGCACCACCAACCCCACCUUCACCAACCCCACCUUCACCAACCCCAUCUUCACCAACCCCACCCUCACCAACCCCACCUUCACCAACCCCACCCUCAGCCCCACCACCUCCAAACUUCCUCCCCAGCGGACCCCCAACACCUCCACCCCGAGCCCCCCUACCCCCCCCACGGCCCACUCCUCCACCCUGCCCCCCACGUGGAGACCCAGGAGCCUCCCGGGAGACCUUCUCCUGCCACCCCCUCCGGCCGUGAGGUGGAGAGGAGCAGCUCCAGGAGCUCCACUCCGCCGGAGAACAAAACUCUGGCUCUGGAGCAGAAUAGGAUCAUGUAAGUUGCUUUCUUUGUUGAUGAAUAAAGGUCUUAAACACCUCAUGAAUGUUUAAUCAGGGAACUCAGUGGAGUGUGACCUUUUCACAGCAAACGCUUAUGGACUAAAGCAGACAGAGAUAUGCUUGUUCACGUAGAGCAUUCGGUGUAUUCAGACUGGAGCAGUAUAUGAACCCGCUGGUCUAGUGUAUAAGUAUACUGGGCAGGUUAAUUAGUAUACUGGGCUAGUAUAUCACUGUACUGGUCUAGUAUAUUACUAUACUGGUCUAGUGUAUUAGUAUACUGGGCUAGUUAAAUAGUACUGUAUACUGGGCUAGUAUAUUACUAUACUGGGCUAGUAUAUUACUAUACUGGGCUAGUAUAUCAGUAUACUGGGCUAGUAUAUUAGUAUACUGGGCUAGUAUAUCAGUAUACUGGGCUAGUAUAUUAGUAUACUGGGAUAGUAUAUUACUAUACUGUUUUCUGUCACACUGCUCCAGGAGCAGAACGAGGACCUCCA